UUCCAGAACAAAAAAAAAAUAAAUAAAUAAAAGAAGAAAUUUUAAAACGAAUUUCUAAAUUCUUACGUCAUAGUUCAUGCUUUAUAAUUGUAUUGUAGAAAUCAAAAAAAAAAAUAAAUAAAUAAAUAAAUAAAUAAAUAUGUCUUCAAAAAUAAAAAUUAUUUAGCGUCAAGUAAUUUCAAAGCCGAACGGGUAUAUAAGAUAAACAAAAAAACAAAAGCCAAGCAACUGAAACGCCAUCAAUAAUUCAUUUAAUAAAGUUUUUGUUUUCAUCUUACAUAAGAAUCGGAAGUAAACGACAAGAAGAUUUGCGUGUGCUCAACCAAAAAAACAAAAAAAAAAAAAAAAAAAAAAAAAAACAGAAAGAAAGAACACAACAAUUAAGCAAAAAUGGAAAACCUAGUGCUUACACUGUGAAUAUGCAUCAAGUGAAAUGCAUAAAUAAUACAUCAGUACAAUACAUACAGUAGUACAACAACAAACAUUUUCGAAAAACUAUAAACAAUGAUAUGAAUGAAAUAUAAAAUAUUUGGAAAACGCGUAAAUAAAAUUUCACAAAAAUUAAACGUGAGCAGACAACGUCACAUGAAAUUAUUAUAAGCAACAUUCUUUGAUUGGAAUUCGCGAACGCAAGCAAAUUCUCUAUAGAAGUGUUCAUGUUCGCGUUCACUGUGAUAAAGUGGCUAAAAAUAAUAACAACAAGAACAAAAUUUUGCAAAACCGAGAGUAACGACACGGGCACGAAACGUAAUGCUUGCAUGUAUUUAGCAUAACCACAACUGUGUGUGUACACAUAAAGAAUUCUACAUAAUUAUCGAACAAUAUUUGUUGCCUUUUUCCUUACGACUUUUAAUAGAAUAUUUUUAAAAGGUUUUACUUUAAGUUGAAAUUAAUAAACACUUCCUGUUACUGUGUUACGUGUUAAAUAAAAUAAAAUAAAUAAAUAAAUAAAUAAAUAAAUAAAUAAAUAGAUAAACCAAAAAUGCCUCUAUAUGCCGAUUCGAACUAUUAUUACAGCGGCGGUAGCAGCCAAUUGUUUUCGCCCUAUUACUCCGGCUCAACUACAAGUGGAGCUUAUGGUCCAUAUUCCUCGGUCUAUAAUCGCAACAUUGGCAGCAGUUAUGUAAUCCCUUUAACUUCCCCAUCAAGAACUUCGUCCUCUUAUAGUUCACAUGGCCUCAGCUCAUUACGUUAUCAACCAAAAUUGUCAACAAUAACGGAAUCUUCGCCUUUAAUGAGCUCAUCACUGCAUACAAAUCUUAUGCCUUUAACUCGCAUACAAUCGCCAAAAUACACAACAUACAGUACAGUACAUAGUGCAGUACAUAGCAGUAAAUAUAUACCGCCAAGACCGAUUCUAAUAAAUACCGCCGAUAUUGACGUGUCUUCGAAUCGCUAUCGCAAACGUAAACAAGAAGAGAGACAAGAAAGAUUGAGACAAAUAGAGGCAGAGACUCAAUCGCCCACUUCUUCGAUAAGGAGGCGGGAAGAAGAUAUUGAACCCAAGGAAACAACUUCUCCUAGUCCCAUCGAUAUUAAUGCAAGCAGUAGUAAUGAAGAACCUUCACGUAAAUCUCGUUCCACUAUAAAACGUAAUCGGGCUGUUGUCCGUCUGUCUACCAUUCGAUCACGUAGUAAAGAGCGUUCAAACUUAAUCGCAAGCAACGUAAACAAAGCAGUUGUCUCAUCAGAGCCUAAUGAACAGAAUUUUAAAGAUCAAGCGAGCGUUGAUGAUUUAUCGCCUAAUCGAGAAGAAGGAAAACCGCUUGCCAUACCUCCUGACAAUCAGCCGGAUAUGCAAACUUUUAAUAUGCCAACAUUUCAUGAUAUUUGUGCGGACAUUUCUUCCGAUAAAAUUGACGAUGAUCUUAAUGCAGGUGAACUAAGAAGACGAGCUUCGAUUAUUUGCAGCCAAGACCAAGAGCUAAUGAAUGAAUUGCAAAAAACGCCUUCAGGCUCUUUUCAAACGAUUCAUCUUGAUAGACGGGAUAGUCACGAGAGUACGGCAGAGGCAGGUUCAAAGCGGCAAUCAACGAAGCGUGGAUCUAAAAAAGGCAAGAAAAUGCGACACAAAAUAACUGCCAUGGUUGAAGUCGAACACUCCUCCGCAAUAUCACUGUCAUCGGACUUAUCAACGAAAGAAAAAGAAAAUGAAGAGAAGUUACUAUCACCCAAAUCAAUAUUAACGGCUAGUGUUGAAUCGAUGCAAGAAGAUCAGAAAGCAAAUGAUCUGCAAAUCUGCAAAUUGACUAAAAAGAAAAGCGUAAAGAAACUGGGAAAAACUAAGACACAAGACAUUAAGCAAGAGACAAAAAAUUCCCCAACGAAAAAACUCAUUGUGAGGAAGGAUCCAAAACCGGAAGUAUUCACUUUCGAUAAUAAUGUCAUAGAAAAAAUCAAAAAAGAAGAUGAAGAACCGCAUAAAGUUGGAUUAAGUGCGGAAGCAAAAAAUGCGUCUCAGAUUAUUUCUGACAAAAUAUCAGAAAGAUCUCUUGUGAGAGUGGAAGAGACCAAAAAUUCAACAGAUUCUAAUCAAAGUAAAAAAUCAGAAGCACCGUUAAAAGAGCCCGAGAUACCUCAACUAUCCACAUCAAGUUACAAAAAAUUAUCAUCUUCAAUAGAUUUAACUACUCCGUCAUCGAAAAUUGCCGUUUUGGAGAAAUCGAAAUCGUUUCCAAGCGAGCAAACGCAGCCGCCUGUAGCAACACCAAAGCCAAUAAAGAAAACUAUCAAAAAGAAUGACAGUGACGAAGACUUUUGGGCACAGAUUGGAACACGCGAAACUCUUUACAUGACUAAUCGAAAGAAAACUUUGGUUGAACAUCAACGCCAAGAACCGAAAAGUCUCUUCGAGGAACAACAAUUGGAUAUAUGUGAGGAAAGGGUCAGUUCGUCUGAGACGGUCAAAAAAGAAUCCGAAGCUUUAGCAUUAAUUUCAAAAGAAAAAUUAUUUAAAACAACGAAAACAAAAGAACAGUCAACCAAUAAAAAUAACCCGGAAGACAGUAGACUUAAGACUUUCGCUGAGAAAAAAUCUCCAGUCGACGUCUUGCAGGUAAUAUCGAAAACGUCAAAGUUAGUUACAGAAGACAAAAAAGAUGAGAAAUCUACGCAGAGAAAUCCUGCAGUCGAAACAAAAGCUCCGAUUGAAUCUCUAACGUCAGCGCUUAAAACCUGCGAAUCUUCAAAGCCUAAUUGUGAAACAAUGAAGGGAAACGAGAUUGAAAACAUUAUAAAGAAAGAAGACAAACAAUGUAAAAGUUCAAUAGGGAAAGAUUCAGGAGCUUCGUGUUCGCUUUUAGAUAAAAGUAAAGACAUUGAUAACGAAGCACCAAUGCAGAAGAUAGCUGCGACUUCUAAAUCCUCACUGGAAGGAGAGCAGUCUAAGAGGAUUUCGGUUGAACCACCGAACGCAACUCUUAAAGAGGACUUAACAGCUAAGACAGUAUCGAGUCUGGAUGCAAAAGAACAAAUCUUAAAAGAGCCGAAUCAGAAAAAAGCUUUCAUCGAGAAAAAAAUGUCUAUACCUAUAAGCAAAAUGGAUAACCAAACGAAGGCAAUCAAUAAGUCAGAGACUCCUCCACAAACUCCAAAGACUCCGACAAAAGCAGCAGAAAUUGCAAAAUCUCCUGUAAGCAAAACAACUUUACUGAAAUCUCCGGAAACAAAAGAUGCAAAGCAACAACAACAACAACAAGUAACAAGUAAUAAAGACAGAGAAAUUCUAAAAACUGAGACUUCAAAAGCUCCGUUGACUUCAUCCAAAAUUCCACAAAUGCCUGAUGCACUAAAACACUCGGAAGAACAACAACAAUUCAAAAUUGGAGAGACUUUACAUCAAGUUGAGGAUUCGAGAUUGAAAUCGCGUCAAGAUGAAGUUAAUGAAGUUAAGUCUAUUGAUUCGGUGGAUUUCGUGAAAGAGUUUAAAACGUCGCUGGCUGAGCAAAAGGCUCAAAAUGAUAAAUUGGAUAAAACGAAAAUGCCAGUAAUUGCGAAAAGCAACCAAGAAGCAAUUGUAAAGGCAAAAACUACUACGACGGCAACGACAACGACGCCAACAAAAAUAACCGGGCAAGCAGCCAAGUCACCUGAACAACAAAAGCAACAACAACAAUAUGAAAUAAAUAACAAAUGCCCAUUAGCUGAAAGCAAAAACAAUAACAAAGGGGAGACAACGAUUAAUAAUAAUGCUGCCAUUGCAGAGAAAGAACAGUUGGCAAAAAAGAGCACUUCGCCGAAGGAAGCCACUACUAAAACUCAUCAACCACCGACCACAAAACAACCGGAAACGCUAAAUAAAAAAUUAAAGGAAAUCAAUAAAACCGAUUUGAAAUUAACGGUUAAUGGCACAGCCAAUACAGCAACGAUGCCGCCAAAUAAGACAAAGGGGGCGGCGGGCAAGAAGACGGCCGCGCCGAAUACAUCACCGCUUAAAAGUAAAACGAAAAUCUCACCCAGCGGCGUCAUUAAUGCCGAUCAGUUUGUAACAAAGGCACCGAAUAAGGCGGGUGUGUCACCACCGACCAAAAGUAAAAUAGCAACGUCACGCACAACAACAGCCACAUCUGAUACAGUAAUAAUUGCACAACUGACGUCAUUACCGGACAAUUUAAAAACUACAUUAACGACCUCGCCGGCUGCGAUACCUGCAAGUGCAACCACAACUACAACUGCGGCAGCAACGACAACCGAUAAAAGUGGCGUCAGCGACAUCAACACAAGCGGUGGCAAUAAUUUAUCAAAGUUCGCGACAGUAUCGAAUUUGGCACAGUGUUUACACGACGUCGACGCCGAUCUCGAAGAUUAUAUACCAUCGUCUGCGGAAAAUAGCGAUUUUACCGACGACAGUGAUUUCGAUCUUUCCAGUGUAGACGGUUGUGAAAAUUUAACAGCAAGCAUGAAGAAAAAACUUAAAGAACGUCGUAAAAAAGAGAAACAAGCCCAACAGGUGCGUUUCGAUCCGCAAAAGAAAGUGAAAAUUGAUACAUCGCGUAAAUUAUAUGUUAAAGAGGAAGCACCGCGUUAUCCGUUAGUCGCGACGCCACGUCCAUUAUGGAAACGUGAGAAAAUCGUUUAUCCCGAUGAUGAUGAUGACGAUGAUAGUGACGAUGAAAGUGAUAGUGAAGAAAGCGGCUCCACUGAGGAGACGGAAACUAGUGAUGAGUGUACUACAUCAGAAGAAUAUGAAGAUGAAUUGCAAACGAAUAAUACGGCCGCUGAUGAUCCAAAUAAAUUGAAUGCCUCCUCAAUUAUACGUAUGAGCACUAGUAGCAAUGAUUCAGGUUUCGAAGGUGGCACCGCACCAGCCAGUCCCAAAAAAAUGUUGGAGUGUGACGUUAAUUGUCAUAAAAAAUGUGAACGUCUUACGGCCAACUUGUGUGGCGUCAAUCAAAAAUUAAUUGUCGAAGCACUAGCUUCGGUUAAAAGAGGUGCUCGCGACACGAGAGAGUCACCCAGUACACCGCCCAGUUCAAAUCCCGCUUAUAAAAUCGAAACAAAUGAAGAACAAGAUGAAACCUCAUAUACAUACGCACAAUUCCAAAAAUCUGGACGUUUUACAGCACCAGCCACAAUAAUACCUAGAUUUAAGAAUUAUUCAGUUGAAGAUUUCCAUUUCUUAGCCGUCCUGGGCAAAGGAAGUUUCGGUAAAGUACUUUUGGCUGAAUUACGUGAUACUACAUAUUAUUAUGCAGUAAAAUGCUUAAAAAAGGAUGUUGUACUCGAAGAUGACGAUGUUGAUUCAACAUUGAUAGAGCGUAAAGUGUUGGCCUUGGGUACAAAGCAUCCGUAUUUGUGUCACCUGUUUUGUACAUUUCAAACAGAGAGUCAUUUAUUCUUUGUGAUGGAAUAUUUGAACGGUGGUGACUUAAUGUUUCAUAUACAAGAGAGCGGACGCUUCACGGAAGAGCGGGCCCGAUUUUAUGGUGCCGAAAUUAUAUCAGGUCUAAAAUUCCUUCAUAAAAAGGGUAUAAUUUAUAGAGACCUCAAGUUGGAUAAUGUAUUGCUAGAUUAUGAAGGCCAUGUACGUAUCGCUGAUUUCGGUAUGUGUAAACUACAAAUAUAUCUCGAUAAAACAGCAGACAGCUUUUGUGGUACACCCGAUUAUAUGGCGCCUGAAAUUAUUAAGGGCGAAAAAUAUAAUCAAAAUGUUGAUUGGUGGUCGUUUGGUGUUUUACUAUAUGAAAUGCUGAUCGGGCAAUCGCCAUUCAGUGGCUGCGAUGAAGAUGAACUAUUCUGGUCUAUAUGUAAUGAAAUUCCAUGGUUUCCUGUCUAUAUAUCUGCCGAAGCUACCUGUAUCUUGAAAGGGCUACUGGAAAAAGAUUAUACGAAACGUGUAGGAUCUCACUAUAGUCCGGCUGGAGAUAUAUGCGGCCAUAUUUUCUUUAGACCAAUCGACUGGAUUCUAUUAGAAAAACGACAAAUUGAACCACCAUUUAGGCCACAAGUUAAACAUCCUUUGGAUACUCAAUACUUUGAUCGUGUUUUCACACGGGAACGUGUACGUCUAACUCCUAUCGAUAAGGAUAUAUUGCAGUCUAUGGAUCAGAAACAAUUUCUGGGCUUUACGUAUACCAAUCCGCAUAUAACGUUAGAUUAAGAAAGAAUUUUAACAAGAAUUGAUUCACUAUAAUGAAUCCUUUCUUAUACGCUACGUUUUUUUUUUUUUCUCUCUUUUUUGUAAAUUUUUUUUUAUCUUAUUUUUCUUCUUUUUGCUUUUUUUUAAUUUUUUGCUCUGCUUAUAAAUAUCUGUCUUAAAAAAACCAGUAUUUAUAUAUAAAAACAUUGUUUAAACUGUAGCUGAUAUAUAUAUAUAUA